AUGUCCGUCAACAUGCCGCACCUGCAUUCGCUCUUUGCGAGCCUGCUUGAUGGUGGCCAAGACGGUCCAGGCCCGCACACGAUCCUCCUGCUCUCGAUAACAGGCGCUGUAGUCAUUUCUGCGUCGACGAUGCCAGCUCAGACGCGCCAGAGGACCGUGAUCACAAUUGCAGCCGUCGCAGUCGAGACCUGGAACAGCAUGCUCGAGCUUCAGGAACUAGACAAGGAUCCAAAGAAGGAUAGUAUAGAGAAUGGGGAAGACAAGGCCAUAGGAGGUUGGGCGACGGUUGAGGCAAGUGAUUACCACUUUGGGAACGUGUUCGUGUGUUCAAUUCCACGACCUGACAAGACGGAACAGCCGCUGUUUCUGAUUGCAGUCAGUGGUGCCGAAGAGAUCGACUUGGACUUGUUAGAAGAGAGGGCCAAGAUGCUCGCAGAACACCUGUCGCCCAUCUUUGCGGGGUACACCGACCCUGCGUCGCCCACGUCCGCGAAACAUCGCCGGUGA